GGGGGGAGGACUGGGCGCACAAAGGAAGUGCACAUUCUCAUCAUAUUGAAGGGAGAUAAUUGGGCGCACGAUGUAAACAUGGAAUAAAAAAUAAUAAUCGCCCCCGUUUUCCUCCCAUUACACUCAUCCAUUAAGGUUUUUAAAUAAUUUAUGAGGUGUUGGCUACAAACGGCGCGCCUGUCUACACGACGGGAGGCAGUGAGUGGAGGAGAGGAGAAGGAGUUGAGCUUUGUUUCAUCCUCGCGUCGGGGUUUUCUGGAGUUGCGCGCUGAUGUUGGGUGUUUUAAACCGACCAAGUCGACCACAGAAGGUUUCCUGGAACUUUAGGACCCCUCAAAAGAAGAAAGGAAGAACGACAUGUUCUGAUCUGACAAAGACACGUCUCCAUGGGUGAGGCCCACUGAUCCAGGAAUUCCUGCACACCCUGUACCCCUCCUUGCCCCCUCCACUACAUCAUCAUGACUUCCACCAGCCAGCUGUUGGGUUUGGCUGAGAUGGGGCUUAAGUGUGACCAGGAGAUUGAGAGGAGAUAUGAAAUCGUUCCCUCUGUGGUCUGCUCCAUGUGCUGCCUCUUUGGGAUCAUCUACUGCUUCUUUGGCUAUCGAUGCUUCAAGGCCGUGUUGUUUCUCACAGGCCUAAUGUUUGGCUCCGUAGUCAUCUUUAUGCUGUGCUACAAGGAGAGGGUGAUGGACACUCAGCUGAGCGUAGAGGCAUCCGUGGGCAUUGGUCUUGGCAUCGGGACCCUGUGUGGCCUUGUGACCAUGUUGGUCCGCAGUGUGGGGCUGUUUAUGGUCGGCCUGCUGUUGGGCCUGCUGGUUGGAGUGGCAUCACUGGUGGUCAUGGAGGAGUUCUAUCACCCCAAAACAGUGUGGGUUCCUCUGGGGAUUCUUCUGGGCUCUGGAACCCUGUUUGCUGUCCUCACUCUUCAGUGGCAGCGCUGCUUAGUUACCUUCUCUACAGCAACAUUUGGCUCUGCUAUCAUCACGGUCACAGUGGAUUAUUUUAUUGAACUGUUUGCCUUGGUCCACUACAUCUAUGACAGACUCAAGGUGGCACCAAAGAAGCCAGUGUGCUGGUUUACAUGGGUCAUCUUGGGGGUCUGGCCUGUCCUAAUGCUCCUCGGAGUGCUCAUACAAUGGAAAGUUACUGCAGAGGGCUUUUCUCACACAGAGGUGGUUCUGAGUCGACAACAGAGGAGGGUCCAGCUCAUGCGGAUCCGACAACGAGAAGAGAAGCUGAAAAAGGAGGAGAACAAGAAGAAGAAGAAACGACAGAACCAGAAGACUGCCCUCAAACAAAAGGCUCACACCCAUCAUCACCACCAUCCUCAGUACCACCACCCAACAGCAUCCCACCUCCAUCACCAAACCCAGAGCUCUCAACCUCCUAAAGUCCCUCCUCCUUCUCAGACUGAACCCGGCUACCACCGGAAACCCAACCCUAAAAGACGAUUUGAUGGAGAUGUGCUGUCUCCGAGUUACAUCAGAAGUUUCAGAGACAGACAAUCUGACAGACGGUCGUACUCCCACAGUCGAAUGAGCCGCUCUCGAAUGGCUCAACUGGACUACGACUGUGGCUCUCAAGUGCCUCUCACAGCUCCCAGCGGACCUGCAGUUCACAUCUGAGCCAGAGAUUUGCACAAAUCAAAACACAAACACAAUCAAAGUCUACUUCAAAAACUCAGUUGCCACAAGGGAUGUCUAACUUGACCUUGCCGUGCCAACGUAAUCACCUGCCUGGUAACCCAACAAGAGCUUAUUGUUCUCUGACGGUGGCAUGACUUGGUGUUUUUAUUCUCACAAAAGUUACAUUUAUUUGGUUUGUUUCAUGCCCAUUCUGCUUUUUUAGAAAGACUAAAAGCAUUUUGAAGAAUUUGAAUUAUGGGUCAUUGUAUACGUUAUUUAGCUCCCAAGUUCUUUUCCUUCUGCCCAGAAAAUUGGGAAAAUGGACCUGUUUUAUAUGUGAUUAAGGGAACUAGUUCAAUAAUUUGCAAUGGGAAUUUUUGGGAAUGAAGAAAAAAAAACUA